AUGACAAUUCAAUCUUCUGAUAUGCAUAACAAUUUGGAAAUAUCAGCAAUAGGCCACUUUAGUAUACAUAUUGAUAAUUAUAGCGGUGGGUAUAAAUUUUUUGAUAAGCCUGAAUGGGUUAAUAGUU